CGCGGCUCCUCCCCCGGCCCGGGCGGCGGACGGGACCCGCCCCAGGGGCUGCGCGCCGAGGCGGUGGUGCAGCCUGGAGCGCCCGACAGCUGCAGCGGCCGGGGAUCCUGGACCCCUCACCACGCCAAGGGGGCGGGCCGGACGCGCCGUUCCCAUGGCACCGGGGCGCUCGGGUUACCGCGGAGUGAACCCCAGACCCCUCUCGUCCUUCGGAGUGCCAACCGCCCCGUCCAGCCUCUUCCUCGGCACUCAUGAGAUCGGGCAGCGGAAACGAACACCCGAAGGAGGGGAGGAGACGCGUGGGGAAGUGGAGUAGACCCGUGGGGAAGUGGAGGACAGGGGCUUUUCAGAAGGAACGAAGAAAGGAGCAAAGCCCACCUCCCAAGGAUGACACUAAACACCCAGCAAGAAGCAAAGACCCCUGUGCAUCGGCGUGCCAGCACUCCACUGCCCCUGUGCCCCCGAGGCCACCAGCCUGGCCUCCUAUGCACAGCACCUUCCAUGCAAUCCCAGCAUCCCCGACUAGGCCAGUCAGCCUCCCUCAAUCCUCCCACCCGGCAGCCUUCACCCGGCCCCAACGGUUGGUCCUCUGAAUCCAGCGACUCUGAAGGCUCCUGGGAGGCCUUCUACCGUGUGGUACUGCUUGGAGAUCCUGGUGUAGGGAAGACCAGCCUGGCCAACCUCUUUGCAGGAAAGCAAGAGCGGGACCUCCAUGAACAGCUGGGAGUUACAGAAGAUGUGUAUGAGAGGACCCUCACAGUGGACGGAGAGGACACCACACUGGUGGUCAUGGACACCUGGGAGGCCAAGAAACCGCCCUCCAGGAUGUGCUCCUCCCCUGCAAGCCUCCACCUUGUUAGUGGCAGCUGCAUCGCCCUCUGCCCACCCACAUCGUGCAGAGGAAGGAGCACUGAGUGGAGCACCAGGAUACCUGAGGAUGAAAGCUGGAGCCAGGAUUCAUGCCUGCAGGUGGGCAGCGCCUACGUUAUUGUGUACUCCAUUGCGGACAGAGGCAGCUUCGAGAGCGCCUCAGAGCUCCGCAUUCAGCUGCGGCGCACACAUCAGGCAGACCACGUGCCCAUCAUCCUUGUGGGCAACAAGGCAGACCUGGCACGCUGCCGGGAAGUCUCCGUGGAAGAGGGCCGCGCCUGCGCCGUGGUGUUCGACUGCAAGUUCAUCGAAACGUCAGCCACGCUGCAGCACAACGUGGCGGAGCUCUUCGAGGGCGUGGUGCGCCAACUGCGCUUGCGCCGCCGGGACAGCGCGGCCCGGGUGUCCCCGGUGCCCCGACGUAGGGCGAGUCUGGGCCAGCGCGCUCGCCACUUCCUGACACGCCUGACAGCCCGCAGCGCCCGCCGGGCUCUGAAGGCCCGCUCCAAGUCCUGCCACAACCUGGCCGUGCUCUGAGGCCCCCCACCCCACGGGGGGAAGCGGAACACUGGGUGCAUUCUGGGCUCCCCAAGGGGCAAAGGCACGGUUGCCUGGAGUCCACAUCGUGGCCUUGCCUGAUCGCUGCACGGAGAGCCAGAGCAGCUAACCAGAGCUGCGGCUGCAGGGACCCGUCCACCCCGGAAAGUGAUGGACAGACUAUGGGCACAAGCUGGGCACAGAGGGGUUUUUUAUGUGGUGCGUUUCGUUUUGUAAAAAUCUUCCUUGUCCCUUUCUGGCCAACCCUCAGAACCUCCCCCCUACACAAUAAACCAGACCAUGAAGAUG